CAUAAGACACGCCCACUGAAGCAUCUCCUAUCGUCUACCAAGCCUCUUUUCAUCCCAGGUCUUGGAGAAAAAGAUGAAGUUAGAGGUUUAAAAUCCGGGUCUUGGAGAAAAAGAUGAAGUUAGAGGUUUAAAACGUGACCGAAAAGCAAAAUGCAAGUUUAGUAUUUUUUUCCUUUUCCCAAUACAUCACGUUCCGGUAAUAUUAAUGAAACGUAACCGUUUUUCCAUAUGGACAGAAGUGGCUGGAUCUCUCUUGUUCCCCUGAACUACUGCAAUACAACAAAUUAAGCCCUUAAUUCAUUAAAGGUUUCUGUCUCCGCUUUGGACCAGACGACUCAUGGAGGCGAUGCUGAGUAACUCUGCAAUCAUCAUGGAAGUCUUCUUCAAACUGACCGGGCUUCUCCUAGGAACGCUGCUUUCUGAUUGGCUGACCGCCGUCCUGUCCCGGGAUUUUACUCUGGCGGAUAUCCAGCAGCUCCAUGUGUCAGCUACUCCACAUCCCGGAGGAUUUAAAUGCUUCACUUGUGAAGAUGCUGAAGAUAACUACUCCUGCAACCGCUGGGCUCCUGACCAAUACUGCCCCAAAGACACCAGGUUCUGCUACACGCGUCACCGGAUGAAUGCCGAUGGCCAAAGUGUCUCUGUCACGAAGCGCUGUGUGUCGCAGGACGAGUGUGUGUCCACAGGCUGCGUGCAGCACCGAGCCCACAUGGUCUGCGCUUCCUGUUGUGAAGGAAACAUCUGUAACCUGCCGGUUCCGUGGAACAAGACUGCCGCCAUCUUCUCUACAAUCUCCCCAAUAAACCGAGUGAUCAGAGUGUCUCCUGGGAAAAUCAGCACUCUCUGCAUCAUCAUCUUCAUGCUUAAUAACUUCAGUUAGUGUUGAGCCGCUCAGUGAGCCGCUCUCUGCAUCAUCAUCAUCAUCAUCAUCAUCUUCGUCUUGCUUAAUAACUUCGGUUAGUGUUGAACUUCUGAGUGAGACGCGGUCUGCAUCAUCAUCAUCAUCAUCAUCAUCUUCAUGCUUAAUAACUUCAGUUAGCUUUAAGUUUCUCAGUGAGCCGCUCUCUGCAUCAUCAUCAUCAUCAUCAUCAUCAUCAUCAUCAUCAUCUUCGUCUUGCUUAAUAACUUCAGUUAGCUUCGAGUUUCCCCGGGAGGCGCCGUCUGCAUCAUCAUCAUCUUCUUUAUGCUUAAAAACUUUAGUUAGCUUUGAGCUGCUCAGUGAGACGCUCUCUGCAUGAUCAUCAUCAUCAUCAUCAUCUUCUUCAUGCUUAAUAACUUCAGUUAGCUUUGAGCUGCUCAGUGAGACGCUCUCUGCAUGAUCAUCAUCAUCAUCAUCUUCUUCAUGCCUAAUAACUUCAGUUAGCUUUAUACAUUUCAGCAUGGAGAUAUUUUCUUUCCUCAAUACUUGCUGUAAAGUGUUUAUAACAGCAUUCUGAUAUUUACCAUAUGAUUGGUAGAGUGUUGUACGGAAUACAGUAGAUUAAAUAAGCAUUGCAAGACGAAUUGCACUGUAUAAUAUAACAA